UUGCCCAUAAUUACUGUCUCGUCUCUACACCCCCAUGUGUUCUGUGAGCGGGGAGCUGCACCCUGGACUUUCUGCACCUGCCUUGCUUGGGAUCGGUGGCUAGAGGGGUCGGCGGGGAGGCACAAGGUUGCUGGAAGCAGCAGCGAAGGAGAACAUCCUCUGAGCCUUUGAUGUAAUUGGCUUCGCUCGGACGAGAUGCUGGUUAACAAUCUCUGUCUGCUGAGCUUCAUCUGCACCCUGGUGACCCCCCCUGGGCUGGCAUGUGGACCUGGCCGAGGCAUUGGCAAGAGGAGACACCCCAAAAAACUCACCCCUCUCGCCUAUAAGCAGUUCAUCCCCAACGUGGCGGAGAAGACCCUGGGGGCCAGCGGCAGAUACGAAGGAAAGAUUACAAGGAACUCGGAUUGCUUUAAAGAAUUAACCCCCAAUUAUAACCCAGAUAUUAUGUUUAAAGACGAGGAGAGCACCGGGGCGGACCGGCUCAUGACUCAGAGAUGUAAAGACAAACUGAACGCACUCGCGAUCUCCGUGAUGAACCAGUGGCCGGGGGUGAAGCUGCGGGUGACGGAGGGGUGGGAUGAGGACGGGCACCACUUGGAGGAGUCGCUACAUUAUGAGGGGAGGGCAGUGGACAUCACUACGUCGGACCGGGACCGCAGUAAAUACGGAAUGUUGGGCCGACUGGCGGUGGAGGCCGGGUUCGACUGGGUCUAUUACGAGUCCAAAGCUCAUAUUCACUGUUCGGUCAAAGCAGAGAACUCAGUGGCGGCCAAGUCUGGCGGGUGCUUCCCUGCUGGUGCCAGGGUGAUGGUGGAAUUUGGUGGCACCAAAGCGGUGAAAGACCUGCGACCAGGGGACCGCGUUCUCUCCUCCGACCCCCAAGGGAAUCUGCUCUACAGCGACUUCCUCAUGUUCAUCGACCAGGAGCGUGACGUCAAGAAGCUCUUUUACGUCAUCGAAACGUCUCAGAGAAAAAUUCGGUUGACCGCGGCCCAUCUACUUUUUGUGGCCCAGACCAAGGUCAACGGCACCAGGUCGUUCAAGUCUGUCUUUGCCAGCAACAUCCAACCAGGAGAUCUCAUUUAUACAGCAUCCCAAGACCAUGACCUUGAACGGUGAAAGUGGAGAAGGUUGAUCUUGAAGGACACUGGAGCUUAUGCGCCUCUAACUGCCCAUGGGACUGUGGUUAUAGACCAGGUAUUGGCCUCCUGCUAUGCAGUCAUUGAGGAACACACCUGGGCACACCUCGCAUUUGCCCCACUGAGGUUUGGCAUGAGCCUCUCCUCUUAUAUUUACCCCAGAGACUCCAGUCCUCCAUCAGGACUUCAGCCUCACCACCAAGUUGACCUUCAGUCUCACCAUCAAGUUGAUCUUCAGUCUCACCACCAAGUUGACCUUCAGUCUCACCACCAACUUGAAGGCAUCCACUGGUACUCCCAGCUACUGUAUCAGAUAGGGACUUGGCUUUUGGACAGUAACUCCCUGCACCCACUGGGCAUGGCAACGAAAUCCAGUUGA